AUGCAAACAUCAUACCUUCCCUGCCUCCCCCGACCCUCGCACAAUAUGUCUGUGAUCAAGCUGAUUACUGUCAAUACAGUGCCGGAGCGUGCUAAACGUAUCAUCGGUCGCAUCAUAGAAGAGGUGAAGGACCAGUAUACGAUCAUACACGCAGCCAAUGUCGAGAGAAUUGAUGAUGUUGAGACCACCCUGAUGCGCGAACAGCCAAACGUACUGUUCACAGCAUCCAUGUGGACUCCAGAGGAGGCAUCCAUCAUCGUGAACAUUGCACGGCAAACGAUACCCGAGAUCAAGACUCUCAGCCUCCCUCAUGGGUUACAGGUUGAGCAGGGACCAGAUGGUGUUGUGAAAUAUAUCAAGGAGAAGCUGCCGGGCCUGGUAGUAUAA